UUAGAAACGACGGCGUCGGGGUCGAAUACGAUACGUCGAAGAAAAAGGCGCUUCCUUUUUUACCACUUGAGGUGAGCGGGAGCUGCAGUAGCGGAGACAAAGCGACGUCGUUUCCCGAGUUCUGUCCGGUCUGUCCGUCCAGACACUACUCUUAAUCUGUCGUUAGUCUUCAUUUCCGGUCGUUUGGUGACUCGCCAGCAGACAGACACCGAUCUUCCGAACCAAAAAGAUGUGGCAUUUCACUCGUUAGCUUCACCAACUUGCCCAGAUGGAAUGACCCAAUAAGGUCCUUGUUAAACUUGAGACGAAGCAGAGAGACGGGCACGCGGGAGUGAUCAAGAAGAAGAAGGAAAUGCGGGAAGAGGAAUUGGUGGAUAUAAAGUUCAGAUUGUUCGAUGGAUCGGACAUGGGUCCCUUCCAGUACUCAUCGGCAUCCACCAUCGAUAUGUUGAAGCAGAGAGUUGUCUCUGAUUGGCCCAAAGGCAAGACGAUCAUACCAAAGGCAGCAAGUGAAGUAAAACUGAUAAAUGCCGGUAAAGUUUUGGAAAACACUAAGACAGUUGGUCAGUGUAAAAUGCCUUUUGGUGAUGUUGGCGGAGGAGGUAUUAUAAUGCACGUUGUUGUACAGUCAUCGUUAACAAAAAAAAGAGCAGAGAAGAAACUUGAUGAUUCCCCAAGGAAAGUUGUCUGCUCUUGCUCCGUAUUGUGAGAGCAUAUAUGUGUAGCCUCUCAGAAUAGUUUAUAUUCGCAUCACUGCUUUGUCGCUGGGAAUAUCCGCCAAUGAUUCCACUGUUGUUUCUGGACGUGUACAAGUGUAUAGUGCAAAUCAUCUGUCCAAAUACUCUAAAAUUGUUGCUAUAUCAUUCGUAUCUCUUUUGCAAA